AGAAAAGCGAAGUUAUCGCACUAGAGUAAGUUAGUUAGAACUAAAUUGCUUGAAAAUUAAUAUAAUUUCUAGUAACAUGCCAUUAUUAAUUAAUUCUUUAAGGUAGUUGAUAAAUUAAUAUUCUUUACAUUAUUGUAAAUGUAAUAUGAGGGAUUAGUUUGGGUAAUAGAUAUUUAUUUUGCAAUAAUAGAAUAUGAGAAGUAGAAUUAUAGAGAAAGAGCAAAGGAUUCAGAAGCAGAAAUUUAAUUUACUCUAGAAUAAUGAAAGUUUUGAUAAG